AUGAAAGUUUGGAAUAUGAAAAUGCUGGCUGGUUUCCCGACAGAAAUGAAGCUGACAGAAUUUUGGAUGACGAUAAUGGAAAAUUUUGUGAAAACAAUACCGCUUGAUAUGCUUUUAGGAUUUUUUAAAGAUUAUAAAAAAAUAAUAAUUAAUAUGAAGCAAGAAUUGGUUUUAAUUAGAGCUAGUAAUGAUCUGGAUGGGGUUCUGUUUAAAGAUGAUCUAGAAAUUGAAGUAACCACGAACGAAAUACCUGCUAUCACUUUCGAUAAAAUAUAUUGGAAAAUACCCCAUAUUUUAGUAGACAUACCUCAACAGCUUGCCCUAACAAAAAUACUUGAAACCAAUAAAGAUAUUUUAAUAGGGUUCAGGAGUUGGGAAAUUAUUGAAUUGAAUUAUUGA